UUCACAAAAUUUGCUUUAAUAUAAGUUUUCAUCAACACAUAAUUUGCCCUUGUACAAUUUGACCAGACUGAAGAGAAUCAGAAUUUGUGUCGUAAUCGUAAGCGCUGCAUUGCCAACUACUCUAAAAGUCUGCCUCUGCUGAAUACGUGUGUCAUGUUGGGGCCAACGUCGAAAGCGGAGGGCCACUCACUAUCCAGUGGAGCCGGCAAUGCCGGUGGGAAGAUGCUUGAGAAAAAUUACCUGCUCCAUGAGAGCAACAGCAAAAGUGCUUUGACCGGCGACGAUGAACAGCUCCUGGCAGCGUUGAAGCAGCAGUUAGAGAAAAAAGCGAUCGAGAAAGAACUGCAGCAGCUGGGAACAGCAUCAAUCAUGAGUUCGGGAAUAAUGCCACCAGCAGCUGAGGACGCAGCGAACCGAAACAACAGCGGUCUGGUCGAUUCGCGAGGCUGUGCUAAACCGGAGAAAAAGACCUGUCAGAGUACACCUUCGUUCUUGUAUUGCGCUGUUGUUUGAUUGGCUGUUCAACAAACCGUAAUCAUAUUCAAAUCUAGCGAAACUGUGACUGGGUUGAGUCGCACUCGGUUUCCACUGGCGGAACAAAACAAAGCCCGUUAUGGAACAACAGACAUCGAGUACCGAAUAUUAUCCAGCGGAGAUCAUGAAUUACACCUUUUAAAUAACCGCAUCUGCUACGUUCGCGACAAUCAUCAAUCACGACGUCUCUCUUGUUUUGUGCGCGCUGUCCAACUGCCUGACUUGUCUGACUGACUUACUACUGCGCGAGGCGACUGAGAAACGAUAAAACGACCGGUAAAUGUUCCGUACGUAAAACGUGUAGUAUAACUACGGUACUUGUGUUGACCUCGCGGUAAUUACGAUUUGGUUUGACGCCUGCCGGCACUGAGACCUUCCCCUCUGUGAGAAGAAAGCUUGAAAAAUUGGUUGUGCGAAAAUUGACCAUGAAAUUUGUCGAUAGACAAUAGUAAUUGGUAUGCUGCUGCUGCUGCUGCUGCUGCUGGGAGCUUUCCGUAAUUUUCACUUGCUCUUUCGACACCCUGUCGACUGCGGAAGUCAAUUUUGAUGGCGCGCUGCACCUAGUCAAGGGCACAUUCUGUGAAAUUGGAAAUUGUUUUCGUUCGAUGUAGAAAUAAUAUCUUUUUUUUAGUAGAGCGAGAAAGGGUCGGAUUUUAGAGUGUUUUU